AUGUCCGAGGAGCAGACAGUGUCUUUGGUGGACGUCCUGGAGGAGGACAAAGAGCUGGAAGAAGAAGCUUCGGCCGUGCUGGCCGGAAGCGACGCCGAGCGCUGCUCCUAUCCUCAGGGCUACGUCAAGCGGCAGGCCUUGUACGCCUGCAACACGUGCACCCCCAAAGGAGGCCAGGCGGCCGGCGUGUGUUUGGCCUGUUCCUACAAGUGUCACGAAGGUCACGACCUGUUUGAGCUCUACACCAAGAGGAACUUCCGCUGCGACUGCGGCAACGGCAAGUUCGGGGAUGUGCGAUGUCAACUCUUUGACGACAAAGACGACGUCAACGAGCUGAACAAAUACAGCCACAACUUCUUCGGAGAAUACUGCACUUGCCGUCGGCCGUAUCCUGACCCGGAAGAUCAGGUGGAAGACCAAAUGAUUCAGUGUGUGUUGUGUGAAGACUGGCUGCACGGUCGGCAUCUGGGCGGUGCGGUCCCCGACAGCGUGGAGCUGCAGGAGAUGAUCUGCGAGUCGUGCAUGAACGCAAAUGACUUCUUGUGGAUCUACGCCGCUCACCUGGCAGGUAAACGCACGCCUGCCCGAACCCUGCCGGGCGCCUAUCUCACCCGGCCGCUCCCCAAGUGCCCGCGGAGUCCGGGGCCGGCGCCGUCGGACGACGACGCGGAGCCCGGCCGCAAACGGAGCCGCACUGAGGACGAGGCGCCGGCUUGCCGCCUGAAGGAGCUCGGCGGCGCGCGGCGGGUCCCGUCCGGGGCCGUCUUCUGGCCUUCGGGGUGGCGCUCCAGGCUGUGCCGUUGCCUCGUGUGUCAGGGUCGACUGUCAGAGGCGGGGCUCUCCUUCCUGCCGGACGAGUCGGACACGGUGCUGGCGUACGAGAAGAAAGGGGAGCGCGAGGAAGAGGACGCGCCCGCGCGCGACCCGCUCAUGUCGGCGUUGAACAACCUGGACCGCGUGCGGCAGCUGGAGAUCAUUCACGGUUACAAUGACAUGAAGAGUGAGCUGAAGGACUUUCUGCAAAGAUUUGCCGCCGAAGGAAAGGUGGUGACCUCGGCCGACAUCCGGGACUUUUUCGAGCGGCAGCAAAGUCGCAAACGGCGGCAAGUGGACGGGCGAGCGGACGGCCGCUUCCACUGCGUCUGA